AUGUCUACCAAACCAUUACAGUCGCAAGAGUCUUAUUCGUCUACGGAAAUUGAUAAGGGUCCAUUUUUGGCAUCAAUGGCGCCAGCAGAGUCUAUCCAGCCGAAUGGAGCUGGGAUCCGCCUUCUGACCUUCAAUACAUGGGGACUCAAGCUUGUUUCCAAACACAGAAAGGCACGGUUACAUGCAAUUGCCGACAAGAUUGCUCUCGAUGAUGCAUAUGAUGUGAUUGCGCUUCAGGAAGUCUGGUGUAAAUCUGAUUGGGAUUAUUUGGUGGAGCGGUGCGGUUCAAAGUUCCCCUACAACCGAGUUUUCUACUCGGGCAUCCUUUCUGGGCCCGGGUUGGCAGUUCUGUCAAAACUGCCAAUCGAAUCGACUUUUCUUUACCGGUUUCCAAUUAAUGGAAGGCCUUCUGCUUUCUUCAGGGGCGAUUGGUAUGUCGGCAAAAGUGUUGCCGUGACCAUACUCAAAACCGCUUCCAGUGGUUCGAUCGCGCUCCUGAACAGCCAUAUGCAUGCGCCAUACGCUCUCAGUGGCGAUGCCGCAUAUUCAUGUCAUAGAGCGUGCCAGGCGUGGGAUUUUUCCCAGAUCGCUUCCUUGCUUCAGAAGGCUGGAUAUGCUGUCAUCGUGGUUGGAGACCUCAAUAGUAGGCCUGGAUCCCUCCCCCACCGCAUCUUUGAAUUUGAGGCUGGCCUCCAGGAUAGUUGGGAGUUACUUCAUGGCCGUCAGCCUUUGGAAUAUCCCAAAUCUCUUUCCCCAGAAGACCAGAUCCGCUUAGCAGGAGCCACCUGUGAUUCCACUCUAAACACAUGGAGAGCGGACCGUCAACCCACUGAAGCAUGUCGACUCGACUAUGCUUUGGUUGAUGCUAGAAGAAUCAUUCCAAUUGGUGCAAGUGUCGAGUUUACAGAGUCCAUCCCCGGUAUUGGGUCAUAUUCCGAUCAUUUCGCCUACUCUCUCCGUUUCAAGGUCGACACUCGUUCCCGUGAACGCCCUAAUGGAUUUGCUGGGGAUCGUGCUGCAGUUCACGCAGAUUUGAUGCAAGAAGUGCAGACCUAUAUUAAUACCACGUGUAAGUGGCAAAGCAAUUGGCGUUACUGGCAUGCGGCUCUGUCUAUUCUGGUUGUGAUAGCAUUCCAUCCGGUGAUUGUCGUGGUUUCUUUCAUUGCUCCGUGGGCGUCAAUUUUGUUCCAAUUCUUUUCCAUACUCAUAGCCCUUUCUGGAGUGCUCAACGGGUUCAUUGCACUGUUAUUCGGCAGGUCCGAGAAGAGAGCUCUGAUGGAAGUGUUGCAGGAGGUUGAAGACCGUCAGAACGCUCAAUGA